AUGAUGCGACCUGUUCUCCGUCUUCCCCUUCGGGAGGCAUUGUAUGUCUGCUCAAGCUGCAGACAGGAGGUCACACCACGAGCCGUCUCGCCGCUCGCCCGCCAAUUCCGCCGUUAUGCAUCCUCCUCCGACCCGACACUUCUCGAACGCACUCGCCGCAAGCUGUGGAACACCGAGAAGCCCCCUGGUGCAGAGGACCCCUACAGUGGAGAGUCACAAGUCCUGCGUGAAGCUGAGGCUGAUGAGUCACAAGGGCUGGCACCUGGCGAGGCGGAGGGCGAGUCUUUGGCUAAGGGAGACUCUUAUACUCAGGCGGAGACCUGGGAUGGAUUGAAAGUAAUUGGCUUCUCUCGCAAAGAAGCGUGGAUUAACAGCGGCACAAGUGAAGCCGAUGAGUACUCUCGCUUCGGUGCCGAUGUCACUCCCCGGCCAAUUCUUGUGGCCGCUCACCAAGCUACCGUGGAGAUCUGUUUGAUGCACAUGCUGGGCAAGCCUCUGGCUGGUAUCUGCGAGGUUGACGACCACAACGCCCAGAUUCAGGAAAUGCUCGACAAAUGCAUUAUCAAGGGGUCCGAUACUCAACAAUGGAAUAACGCCCUCCGAUUCCCUGACCAAACAACUCAGGAAGCGCUUGUAUUUGUAUUCAACCAGAUUGGCGGAGAAGGGUCAAAAAACCUCGAGUCGCCGGAGACCUUGCUCGCGGAGAACACCUCCAAGGACGCUUCCCACAAUGCUCUCUCAUUAGCUAACCCUGAAGUCAAAUUUGCCUACGUCAAGCGUCUCUCCCAGCUCCUCGGCCGCCGCAUUCCUGACACCACCAUUUCCUCCUCCUCGACCGUUGGCGACAUCAUUACUGCUCUUUCAUCCAGACUGAAGGAGAAGCCCGUGGACGUCUCCAAGCGUCUGCGCCGACAAAAAGCUGCCGGCUGGCUGCCGCCCAACGUCCAAUUUAGCCGACGACGUGCCACCAAGGCUGACAAAGACGAAGACUUCGGCCGGAAGAAGGAAAUUUAUGCUGAGCUUCACCGCAGAGGACUGGCGCAGUUCUAA